AUGCGCACCCACCGGCACACAACCGCUUGCGCAGGGAUGAUGAGUGGAGGUGACGCGAACCUCAGUGAACUGAGCCCCAUGCUACCGCAUGGAACUUGGUUACGCAUGUCGUACUCGCACGCCGCCUUGGACACCGAGUCGAACCGCUCCAUCGGCAGCAACAUGCGGCGGGCAAACAGUGUUCCCGUGCUCACGCGGCGCGACCGACACCACCUGACUCUGUCGCCGAUGUUAUUCGAUCGCUACUACAUGGCCGAAGGCGGCGGUUUGAUUUCGAGCGCGUUUAAUCUUUCAUCUGCCACAUGUGGCGCUGGCGUGCUCGCGUUGCCGUAUGCGAUGCAGCACUGCGGAACUGUCACAGGGACCCUCACUCUCAUUUUCGUCUGCAACCUUACCAUCUACAGCGUGUUCCUCCUGACGAAGGUUAGCGCCUUGACGAAGCUGAUGACAUAUGAGGAGCUCGCAAUCGAUCUUGUCGGCCCCAUCACAGAGAAAGUGACGGCCACGAUCAUCGUUGUCUUCUGCUGGGGUGUGGCUGUCAUGUACAUUGUGAUGAUGGGUGACUUUAUCGUGCCGCUCUUCGAAGCCGUUGGUCUGUCCCACAAGGUCCAUCGCCGCACCGCCAUGGUGCUCUUCUGGGCUCUCGUUAUGUUUCCUUUGUCGCUGGCUCGAGGGAUCCAGACGUUGCGCUACGCCUCCAUCAUCGGCACCGUAUCCACCCUCCUCCUCGCCGGUGCACUUGUGGAUCGCUUUGUGCAGGAGAGAAGAGAGGACGCAAACCGCUCGAGGCUCGACCCCGGGAGACAUACUCUCCCGGGUGCGCCGCUGGCUCGCUGGGACUCAGGGAUGAUCGGCGCUCUCACCACGUUUGUGUUCAGCUACUGCUGCCAGCCGGUGGCACCAAGGAUCUACGAGGAAAUGAAAGACCGCUCAGUGAAGCGGAUGAGCGUGUGCACGGUGUAUUCCAUGACAGCAGUCACCCUCAUUUACAUCAUCACCGGCGUCUUUGGUGCCAUGAGUUUCGGCGACUCGGUGAAGCCAAACAUACUGGUGAACUUUUCGAGCCACCUCGAUUCUCCCCCAGCGCGACUUGCGUACUUUGGCAUUGUCGUCUCCCUCACGAUGGCGUUUCCCAUGACUAUCUUCCCGACGCGCGACUCGGUGGUCAUGGCGAUGGGCUACCAUGCUGAGGCGAACCCCGCGCCGGUAUGGUUGUCCAGAACCAUCGCGGGCCUCCUCGCCCUGCUGGCACUGCUCAUCGGUAUUGCUUUGCCGAACAUCCGCGUUCUUUUCGACGUCCUCGGCGGCGUGUGCGGUGGGUCCCUCUCCUUCUUGCUCCCCGCUCUCUUCGCGCUGCGCUCUGGCUACUGGACGACGGCGGAGGUGGGGUGGCGACACAUGGCGUCGACAUGGCUGACGCUCGUAUUUGGCGUCGUGGUGUGCGGCUUGGGCACGUACAAUUCCGUGAAAUCAAAUUUCUUUUAA